GUAAUAAUUAGUAACUUUGCAUCUGGAGACUGCCAGAAAGCUUUAAUUUCACCACGGGCAUUUCAAAAAUGCAGAUUAUUGCCAAUGUUAUACUUAAGUGGCAGUUUUGAAAUUUUAUCAUCACUUAAUGCCUUUAAAUAGAUAUAACACGUUCACACAGAACUUAAAUCUGACGUAACUAUACAACAGCACCAACAGAAUUAGUUCCGACAAGACUGUCUUAAUUAGAUGCUUUAAACAAUACAACAGCAGGCAAUUGUGACAAAAAGAUAGUUUAAAUUUACCUGAGGACUUCUAUACAUGCAAUCUGCUAACAGGGCAACCACCAUAAAUGGAUGCAAUAUAUUUUUAUACCUUAUUCAUGGUUAUGUCAAUUUCAUCCACCCUACAAUUUGGUUCUUUUCCUGCCAUACAAACAGACUUGGAGAGAUUUAAAAAGCUUGCAGCUAUAAAAGUGAGAAUUCUAAAUAAGAUAGGACUAAACGAUCGACCAUUCGUCGGGAAACCUAUAGCAUCAGGACAUGUGACUGGAAAAUUAUUCGGUCGUCGUCCUAUUAAAAAAGAUGUAAAUCAUGUCAAUAAACCAAGAGGCGAAUACUAUGCUGAAAUUCAGGAAGUUGUUAGUCAUUCACAGAUUCCAGAAAACCUGAGUGACGCUAAUGUUGUACUGUUCAAGGUUGUACAGGACAAUCAAGGUCGUCAGCUAGAGGUGACUAGUGCUGACCUUCUGGUUAAAAUCAAAUAUAAACGGAAGAAGAAAGGAAGCAAUGGAAGACGUAAACGAUUGAAAGUCAGAACUAUAUUUUUAAAGCUAUCAACUUUAGACACGAAGGGAAAACCUAGUACAGUCGUAGCUUCCGUGACAACCAGAAUAAAGAGAACAAAGUGGCUGAAAGUGGCCGUACCAUCAAAGGUUAUAGAAAACGCAAUGAAAAGAGACGAUCAAAAUUUAUACUUACAUUUAAAUUGUGUUGGUUGUGAUCAUAGAGCUCAACUUAUUCUAAUCAAUGGUGGCAGGAAUAAAAAGAAAAGGAAAAAUCGCAGGAAAUCUAAAAAGACGAGGGAUAAAAUGAGAGACCUGAAAAUCAAACGACCUCGGCGAAAGCGGAGAUUAAAUCGUACAAGACCUUUUCUUAUUUUACAUACUAAAGUGAAAACUUAUAUUCGAUCAAAGAGAGAGACAUCAAUAUGUGCAAAUAACUCUGCAUGUUGCAUGGACAAUUUAUUAGUUGAUUUCAAAACUAUCGGGUGGUCCGACUGGAUUAUUGCACCGAAAUCGUUUGAAACGGGCGUGUGUGAAGGCACAUGCACAACUAACCAUACAUGUUCCGAAACAAAAAGUACACAUUUAAGGAUAGUAUAUUAUGAUAAUAAUGGCAAUAUCAUUUUUACAUCUCUCCCUAAUAUGAUUGUAACUGAAUGUGGCUGUAUAAGUGGGAAAUGAGACGUUGAGAGUGCUAAAAUCUUUUAUUCUUUUAUUGUUUAUGAAACACAGAAGGUUUUAGGUAUUAUAGAUAGAUAAUUCCACAGAAUUACACUUGUUUUUGGCAACAAAGCAAAAACCAUUCCAAAGAAUGCAAAUUAAAAUAAAUCUGAUAACAUUUUAA